AUGUCGUCAUGGAGACCACCUCCUGUCCACAGACGGCCGCGCUCGCUGCAAAAGGAAGCAACACUGACGCCGCACAGGAUGCAAACUCCUAACAUCUUGCAGCGCGGCGUAAUUCCACCGGUCGGCCGCCACAUAUGGAAAAGUUUUUGGCCAAGGAAGGUGUCAGAGUGGGUAUGCAUCGCCGGUGGAGUUUUUUUGGAUGUACGCCGCCCCCCCCGGAGCGCCCUCGCUCUGGAACCGCCUGAUCCAAGAGAAGUCUGGUGUGGUUUUUUAAAAGACGGGGAGAAAGAUGUUAGAUCGGAUUAACUCACUCCAUGUGCCUAAUGGGCUGUUACACAGGUCUGACACACACCAUUACCCACCAUUUACACCUCGCAGGCACAGAGGUGAAGGCGCAGACAGAGGGUGUGUAUCGUACGUAUAGGUGUGUAUGUGAGGAAUGAAGGUGGCGAAAGCACGCAGGGUUCGAGACGAGUAUCUGUGUGUGAGUGCUCUCGAGCUGGAUGGAUGAGCAUGCGGAGGUAAAAAGCAGACUUUAUUGGAUAAUUAAGAGGAGCUGAGUCCUCCUCAUUACAGAGCCGCCGCUGCUGCUCCUCGCUCCCUCUCUCGUCUGAUUCAGACACUGACAGAGCCGGAGACAAAAACUCAACAACAGCUCGACAAGAGGAAGGCCACAGCCUGCACAUUCACUUCCCCGACUAAGACUCUCUUCCUCUUCGGAUCAUAAAACAGCCUCUCACUGUAUCACUGCUGAGCAGAGCUGUCCACACAGACCCAGGCCUCACCCCCCUGUGGCUCCUGAUUCACUGUGCAGUUUCAGCAUGCUCCACUUUCUGGAGAGAAAAAAACUGACUCUAUAGCAUCUCCAGAGUUUAAAUGUGCAGCUGUGCAGCCAGAGACGAUCCCAUGUGCAGUAAAUCUCUGCAGCGGGAAACAUCCAGGAAAGUACCGGAGACCUCGCAGUUAUCUUAAAAGCUAUAAACAGCGAAUCUGGCAGCGCUGUCGGUCAUUUCGCGCAGAACAGGUCGUCUGUAUUUCACGACAGACGGACGAACAUAAAAGGAGCCGGGAUAAAAAGAAAGAAGGAGUGAAGGAGAGCAGCAGAGGCAGUGUCUGUGUUCCCCUUGUAGGGCAGCAGCUGGAUCGUGUUAGCUCGUCGGAGCACGUUAUCGCCAGCGCACAACACAAAGCAGGCCGACUAAGCGUUCUCCGUGCUAACCGCCGCCUUUACGUUAAAGACAGGCUUUGGCGUCUUAUCCGUGAACCGUGGGCCUCAGAGACCAAACACGAGCUGACAGAGCAGCUCCAGACAAACCCGGGUUUGUAG